AUGAGUCCAACUCCUGAAGUACCCGCAAACUCGCCCUUCACUUUACAUAACAUUCCGUUCGGGGUAAUAUCAACAUCUUCUAAUACAACCCCUCGCUGCGCAAGCGCUAUUGGCGACCAUGCCAUCGACCUCGGUAUCCUCUUUCAAAAAGCAGAACCCGAUAUCAUGUUAGGCAAACCAGCACCUUACCAAGAUUUUGAACAACAAACUCUCAAUGCCUUUGCAGGGCUUCCCUCUGGUCUCAGAUCCAAUGUUCGCAGGUUUAUUCUGGACUCUCUACUCAACAAUACCGUACCAUUCGAGGCAUUCCUACCGCUAGACACAGUGAGGAUGCAUAUGCCAAUGCAGAUAAGUGGCUAUUCAGAUUUCUUUUGUUCACUUGAACAUUGCCAAAAUUGCUCUCCUAUGACUGGGGGGAACAUUCCGAAGAACUUCUACUACUCGCCCUCUGUAUACAAUGGGAGAGCUUCAAGCGUUGUGGUGUCUCCGGACCCUAUUCGACGGCCCAAAGGCGUUAUGUACGACACUGGCGGGAAGGAGGGCAAUCCAGUUUACGGAGCAUCUUUAAAGAUGGAUUUUGAGUUGGAAAUGGGAUUCUUCGUUUCGAAGCCGGUUCCCUGGGGUCAAUCAUUGGAUAUUGAGAAAGCACGGGACCACAUUUUUGGUUUUGUUGUCCUGAAUGACUGGUCGAGCAGAGACCUCCAAGCCUACGAAAUGACUCCAUUGGGGCCAUUCCAUUCAAAAGGGUUUGCCACCAGUAUCUCACCUUGGAUUGUAACACUCGAAGCACUGGAGCCUUUCGCUUGUGAGCCAAAACACAACCAUGACUCCACUACAUUCGAGCAUCUCAGAUGGCAUGAUCGCGCCAAGGGCACUUUCGACAUUAGGUUAACUGCAAAGCUCAUACGGAACGGCAUUACCUACGAUCUUGUCGAAAGUAAUCUGCGCUAUAUGUACUGGACACCCUAUCAGCAGAUUGUACAUCACGCAGCAGGAGGAUGUGGAUUGAAAACGGGCGACCUUCUUGGAACAGGAACCAUCUCGGGCGAGAAACAAGGUGAGCUAGGUUGUCUGUACGAGGCCACACGAGAUGGCAACUCAAAAUUGCAAUUCGAUGAUGGAUCAGAGUUAGGGUACUUGGAAGACGGCGACGAGAUAAUUCUUGAGGCGUGGUGCGGCGAUGGUGAAGGUGGCCGUGCAACCAUCGGAUUUGGCCAUAGCAGAGGCAAGUUAUUGCCUAGUAUUUGACAGUUCAACGCAACGUUUGCCACUCUAGAGAGAUAGAAAAGGAAGUACAGGGCAAAACGCGUGGGCGAGAGCUUCCAAGUCGUCACAAAUGAUAACAACGACGCAGUCUCAAGUCACCAAAUUUGAGAUGAACUUCAAUAUAAUUACCGAUGAUCGUCGAUAGUUGAAGAUAGUAGCAAGGGAGACAUGGACUUACCAGAGUUCCCCUUGCG